AUGGAACACUUUACUCCCGUUCAGGACAUUGAUGGACUGGUGGAUGAUGCUCGCAUUUCAUAUGCACAAGGCCGUACUCGCUCAGCUUCUUGGAGAGAGCAGCAGUUACGAGCGCUGUACCGGUUCACUAUUAAGGAAGAAGAUGCAUUGACUGCUGCUGUACACAUGGAUCUUCGUAAGUCUCCAGCAGAAACUGUCAUAUUCGAGAUUGGGUUUGUGCGCAAUGCCAUCAUUUAUGCCCUGGAACAUCUGCAUGACUGGAUGAAUCCGACAAAAGUCUGUGGAGGAAGUUUGGCAUUUGCGUUGGACAGAUGCGAAAUCCGCAACGAUCCUCUCGGUGUAGUGCUCAUCAUUGGCACUUGGAAUUAUCCCAUUUAUCUAUCGUUGUCUCCAUUAGUUUCAGCAAUAGCUGCUGGAAAUGCCGUUGUUAUGAAGUUUUCUGAACUUGCACCUCAUACCAGUCUUGCCUUGUAUUCACUACUGCCCAAGUAUAUGGAUCCAACUUCUAUCAAGUACGUGUAUGGAGAUAUUCCACAGUCAUCCAAGCUACUCGAAAUGCCAUUUGGAUUGAUUUUUUAUACCGGAAAUGCUACUGUUGCAAGAGUGGUGAUGCAGGCUGCUGCCAAGCAUCUUACUCCUGUUGUCUUGGAAUUGGGUGGAAAGAGCCCAGUAAUUGUUGACAAGCAAACCGAUGUGCAAUCCACUGUGAAGCGUAUCUUGUGGGCUAAGAUCAUCAAUGCAGGACAGGCAAGUACUACAGAUCCAAUUACUUGCGUUGCUCCUGAUCAUGUUUAUGUUCACAAAUCCAUUGCACAAGACUUUUAUGCAUAUGUGCCCACUGCCAUCAAAGAGCUUUUAGGAGACAACCCAGCAGCCUCGGAUGUAUACCCACGAUUGAUUAACCGUCGACAUUUUGAACGGCUUGAAAAGGUUCUUGGUGAUCAGUUGAAGGUUGCUGGAACAGAGAUUGUACACGGUGGACAGAUGAAUAGCAAUGACUUGUUUAUUUCUCCGACUGUUUUGCGUGGUGUUUCUGCUGAUGCUACAAUCCACCCAAUUAUGGAUGGAGAGAUUUUUGGUCCUAUUUUACCCAUAAUUGAGUACAGUGAUAUCGAGGAUGUGUUUGCAGCUAUUCGCGAAAUAGGGUUAUGGGCACCAGAUCAAGUUUUAAACAAAUUUGUAAAUGAUAGUAAAACACCACUUGCGCUCUAUCCAUUCUCAAGCAAUCAAAAGUUUAUUGACAGAGUCAUCAAGAAUGUGCCUUCUGGAAAUGUUGUUGCCAACGAUCUCAUCCUAUCACUUGCAGUCGACUCUCUUCCAUUUGGAGGCAUGGGCGAAUCAGGUAUGGGAGCUUAUCACGGAAAGUUUGGCUUUGAUGCCUUUACAAAAUCUCGCGCAGUCAUGAUUCGACCCAACUCACUUGAAAUCCUCAACAAGAUCCGAUACCAGCAAGUAUCCUUCAAUCGUAAAAAAGCACCUUAUCAUAUUGUUUGCUGGCUGCUCUUUCGUCAUAUGCCAUCCCGAUUUAUGCUAAAUGUGAGACGAUUGAGCAUGUGGACUAAACGAGCUGUGGGUGGAUUAGGGCUUCCGCUUGCUGUAGUAUUGGGCAUAAUGAUUGGGUACUUUUUACCUCGACAUUGA